UGGGGGUGUGGUGUGGCUGUGCUGCCUUGGGGAGUGGAAAGGUGGCUUGGGGAGAGGCAGAACCUGGAGGAAGGUGGCAGGGAAGAAGAUAAGGCGCGUGGAGCGCCCCCAGUGUGGAGAGGCUGGGUCGCAGAGGGGCAGGAGGGCAAUCAGCGAAAGGAGAUUGGGUUUCAAAGGGGGAGCUCUCUGCACCUUCCCCGAAGGUAAGGGUAGCAAACCAGAGCAGGUCUAAGCUGACUGCUGCUCCUGCUGGCUGGAACAUGGGAGAUUUGCAGGAAGAUGUGAAGUUUAUAGUGGAUGAGACCUUGGACUUUGGAGGGCUCUCACCAUCGGACAGUCGUGAGGAAGAAGACAUCGCGGUGUUGGUGAUUCCGGAGAAACCCCUCCGACGAGGCCUCUCCCACCGAAGUGACCCCAAUGCAUUGGCCCCCACCCCUCAGGGUGUGAGGUUCAGCUUGGGGCGCCUGAGCCCAGAGAAGCUGGAGGAGAUCCUCCAUGAGGCCAAUAGGCUGGCUGCGCAGCUGGAGCAGUGUGCCCUGCAGGAUCGGGAGAGGGCGGGCGAGGGCCCAGGGCCUCGCAGAAUGAAGCCCAGCCCUCGGCGGGAGACCUUUGUACUGAAGGACAGUCCUGUCCGAGACCUGCUGCCCACUGUGAGCUCUUUGGCUCGGAGCACCCCCUCUCCAAGCAGCCACACACCCCGACUCCGGAGCAGCGAUAAGAAGGGGUCGGUCAAGGCUCUUCGGGCCACAUCUGGAAAGAGGCCCUCCAGCGCAAAGAGGGAGUCGCCCACUUGCCAUCUGUUCCCCACAUCCAUAAGCCCAGCAUCUUCUCUUCUUGCCCGAUCCACUCCUCCUACUCGAUCAACUCCUCCUACUCGAUCAACUCCUCCAACCCGAUCAACUCCUCCAACCCGAUCAACUCCUCCUACUCGAUCAACCCCUCCAACCCGAACAACCCCUCCAAUCCGAUCAACCCCUCCUACCCGAUCAACCCCUCCAACCCGAUCAACUCCUCCAACCAGGGAAAAAGCUGGGCCCAGUGGGAGAGCAACAGCAAGCCCACCUGUCCCCAUCAGACCAGUCUUGGCCCCACAGCCUUCUACCAGCAACUCUCAGCGCCUGUCCCGGCCACAGGGAGUGGCCGCUAAACCUUCCAGUCGACUGCCUGUUCCCUCGGCCAUUCCCAAGCCAGUCAGCCGAGUGCCCCUCACCAGCCGGAGUGUACCACCCAGCAAAGGUGCCCUAGCUCCAGAUUCAGUGUCAGCUCGGAAAGGACUUCCCAGACCAAGUGCUGCAGGGCACAGAGUUCCUGUUUCCCAGAGACCACAUCUCCCUGGUGCCACACGUAGCAAUCUGCAGCCCCCCAGAAAAGUGGCAGCCCCAGGACCUAGCAGGUAAAGCGAUCAGGACAGCAAGCAAGAAGAAUUCAGUAACAAGCCACUACCGUCCCAGGCAGGGACGCACCUCUCCUCCGGCCUCCCAAGCCCUCUCGUGGGAGGCAGUUCCUGACUCCCGUAGAUUCUGGCCCAGGGGCAAGAGGAGGACAUGCACCAGGGCUGGUGCCCCAGGAAGAUGGGGUGGGUUAGGGUUGAGCUAGAGGGGAUUCAGACCCUUUGGAUGGAAAGAUUAGGGAAAAGAGGUCACCCCUCAGCAGUGAAAUUAACAAACAGGUGUCCUCAUCCUGGUCCCCCCCUCCCCAGCUGUUGUGUGCAGCCCACAGAGGUGGACCUUCUUCCCAGGCGGUGGUUCACAGGGCAGUUUUUACCUGUGCACCGCCUCUGUAGCUACCCUCGCUGCCCUCUCUGCCCUCCGAGGAGCAGUCCUCUGGAACCACGCCCCCUGCCGGACUCAGAGGCAGGCUCCUGGCCCCCGGAACUUCUUUCCUGUGAAUUCUGUGACUCUGAACAGGCCAGCUGAUGAUAAGCAUCUUCCUUUGGCCUGCAUUUUGCUAAAAUAAAAUGAGUGUAUUUUUAUA